AUGCAGGAUGCUCUUGACCAUCCAGGUGUGCGCGCUGUUGGGGGAAGUGCGCCAUCCGAUCAAGGCUGCACCCUCCUCAACUCUCCCGGAUCCAAUGAAUUCUCUACCGAGGGCCCCUUGUCGGUGUCGGACCGCGUAGCUGCGGCUGCCACAGCGGCCGCUGCUGCAGCCGCCGCCGCAGCAGCCGCUCGGGCCGAGUCAACUGCAGAGACAGCGCGACGGUACAUGCAGCCGUACGUCUCCGUCGACACGUUCAGCAAGUGGAGGCAGCUGGAUCAAGAGGAGCAGCAGGUGUGGGCCCCUCGAGGCGAGCGCAUCCUGCGCGAGCACCUGCUGCCGUUCGUGCCUCCCGAGGUGUCUCCUGCCAUCGCAGCCAUGGAGGCUGACACGGCAGAAGGAGGAGGGAGUGGCGGCCUGAGCAGAAGCUCCGCCUGCCGUUCCUCAGCCGUCCCUGCAAGUGCAGCCACCCCCAUGAGCGCCAACCGUCUAGCUGCGUUUUUCGGGAGCUCCUCUGCCCCCGCUAGCAACAAUGGAGGCUCUUCCGCGCAUAGCCAUCAGCAGCCGUGGAGUGGAACGCGCGUCAAGGAGCAGCUGCGUGACGAAAUAUGGUCCGGCAUCCCCGACGCAUUCAAGUGCUGCGUGCUGCUGCACGCAAACGACGCCUUGCAGCAACUCGAACAACAGCCCACGCUGUAUCGCCAGGUGCAAGUCGAGUCUUUCGGGGGGCCCCCCUUCCCUGGAUCCCUCCCGGGGCGGUGCCCAACGUUCAGUGGGGGCCUCUUGGGUUUGGAGGAAGACGUCUGCGGUGUUCAGACAACGCUCGAGCACCUCGAACUGGACGGCGACGCUCCCCUCGCCACCUGGCGUUCCGCCUCGUCGGAGACGGAGCAGGAGAUCCGCAGAUCCGAGCGAUCCUCCUGGACCCUUCGCAUGCGGCGACCGCACCAGUACCUCCCCGGGAUGUCGCCGAGCAACAGACGCGUGGCUGCGCUCCCGCAUGCCUCUCGCAGCCCGGGGAAGAAUCCUCUGGGUCAGGAAUUGCGGCCUGAGUUCAACUUCUGGCCAGACACUCACGAGAAGAAGGAUGCGUUGCAGGCUGCCGCUGCGAGAAACGGAUCGCCAGGAGGCUUCCCGGCAGCUGAAGCUGCAGAAGCAGAAGCGCAGAGGACGCAGGCGAGACAUCCUGCUCUGCAAGGCGCACCAGCUGCAGCAGAGGCAGCAGCCAGCGCAGCGGAUGCCGUCUCAGCACCAGCGUCGCGCUGCCUCGCUGGUGCUGCGGGGAUAGUGCAGCAAAGCUUCCCAGCCGUCCGUGAGAGAUCGCCAGCUGCAGGGGUGUCUGGCGGAGAAGGGGAGCUUCUUCCGCUCCCCCCCCCUUCCCCCGUCACCUUGUGGGCCCCCUUGGAGUCUGCAUGCUCGUCAGGAGGCAGCCCGCUGGUGUACGCGGAUGCCACGACGAUGGCGGGAGGAGGAGGGGCUGCAGCUGCAGCAUGCAAGGAAGACGUGAUAUCUUGGGACCUGUUUGGUCGCCGUCGCAGCGGGGAGCUGGAAGACUUUUCCUCGUACAUGAAGCACAUGCAUCUCGACGCGCAGCGGCAAGCCGCGCAAAUGCGAGAGUCCACACAGCGCUCGAGAGACAGAAUAGCCUUCGAGGCUGCCGCGGCUGCUGUCAUGGCGGUUGCUCGGGAAGUCGACAACGAAAGAGAUCGGUGGGCGUUUAGGAGGUAUUACACGGCGACGUCUUUCGAUUUGGUGGAGAAGGGGCUCUGGGGGCAGAGGAAGCCUGGCAGGAGAGGCGGCUCCGAAUCGCAGCUGAUUCGGUGGGAUCCCCUCAAAGGAAGGCUUUCGAACACGCAAAGCGUGUCGAGACAAAGUGCGCCGACCAGAUCUUUCGUCAGCUUCCUGAAUAACAGCCUCCCCCUCGAUCAUCUGCCGAAUCCUCCCAUUGAGCCCUUCCGCAAGAAGGGGCUGCUGACACGCAUCCUCCCAAGCGUGAGGCUUUGCAGAAGCCGCAAGGGGAAGGAGGCGCAGGAGCUGAAGCGCUUGGAUUUCCUCAGCAACGCGAUGCGGGGGGGAGGAGAUCCCUUCGACACAGACAAGCUUGUAGCUGCCGCAGCAAAUGCUGCCGUCAGAGACAUCCGGAGACGGAGCAGCAGCAGCACUCACAGCGACGAUCUCAUUCAGUCUGCGAGGGGAGCCGCAACGGUCGCAGCUGCAGCGGCUGCAGCAGACUUUCCGCCACUCAGGAGCAGCAGUCUUCUGCGCAGCUUCCGCAUGGGGGAUGAAGAAGACGCGCGCAUAGCGGAGAGUCUGCCCACGCUGCCGGAGCAGCCCUACAAGCCGCAAUCUCCGCAACAAGGAGAAGCGAAACAACUGCCAGAGGAGCACUCUCGGCAGCCGUUUCUGCAGAUAGAACCUUUGCCAGAGCCCGAUACAGAGACUCCUAGGGGGCAUGACGGGGAAGCAAGGCUUUCCCUCAAGUACACGAAUGCCCCCAUGCCGCAUCCGCAGUUAAGGCCAUCCAUGCUCCUGCUCCCCCCGCUUCCCCCCAACACUGUCGAUUACUAUGAGCAGCAGCAGCAGCAGCAACAGCAGCAGCAACAAGAGUCCUCGCCUUCCCCCCCCUCCAGAGGCAAAAGCUGGAAGGAGCAGAUCGAGGGGGGAGACAGGAACGCUGUCUACUUCCUAGAAGAUGUCACAGACUUUUCUCGGCUGCUGAAUGGGAGCGGACAGGCUGCUGCACGCCGUCUGCUAUGGGCGCUCUUUGGUUUCUUUCGGGGAGGUCUAGAGUUUUGCCCUGUAAGAGAGGGCUUGAGGGAAAAUUCGACCUUUCGCACUGUAGUGCUGUGUUGUGUGCUCAUCAGGCUGGUGACAUCUGUUGUGGAAGCGAUUCGGUUCAAGUUCCCGCGUUUGUUCCUCCACAUGCGGCACUUGCGCGUAGAUAUCCCGGCUUGGGCCGCUAGAGGGCUGCAAGAUGGCUUCUCCAGGUUGCUGCCUUUCGAUUUUGUGCUGCGUAUUAUGAGCACGCUCCUCUUCGAAGGCAGUCUGGCCCUCUGCAAGUUUUCCCUUGCGUUGGUUCAACUCUUAGAGCCCGAGUUGAUGGCUUGCGACACAACGGAAGCGGCAGAAUGCGUCCUCUAUCGCUGCAGCUCAGAUCCGCGUUUGAACCUCAAUGAGCUGUCAUGGACUGCUCAGCAUUUGAAGACGAGCAUUUUGCGGGCCGUUGGGGAAGGCACCUUAGGACUGCAGAGUCCGUAUCUCAUGUGCACCAAAAUUCACGAGUUUUUGACGAUCCGUCCGGAGGGAAACUCGCGCAUUCUAACUUCCAUGGACAUGUGGGAAUCGCUCUGGAGGUGGCUACCCGAUAUACACAGAUGUUCGAGUCCUUCUUUGCUGUUCACCAGCAGCCAUGAUGGAUUUACGCUCAGUGCUCUUAUGGCAAACGUCCGCACGUCUAAGGUUUCUAUGGUAUUCCUUGCCUUGACGGACGGGGCGGAGAUUAUUGGAUUUUUCUCUCCGCAUCCUCUUCACCUUCUCCAUACAGCAACCAGUAUGUCGCAACAAGGAGGGAAUUUCACGGAGGUAGAAAGGAAGGGGACAACGAGGGCAAGAAGAGACAGCAAUGCGACAGAGACUGCUUCUCCUAGACAGGCUGCGUUUGUGGUAAAUGCUGACCUCACGCUCCGGCUCUUUCUGCUUCUGUAUGAGGCGCAUACCCUGCUUCUUGUCUUCGUGUGUAUAGGCUUCAUAUACAGCGAUGCAUUCGUCUUUAAUUUGCGACCAACGCCACGUGUUUUCUGGUGGACGGGCAAGAAUUCGUCCUUUUUCCGUCUUCGCCCUGAAGGAUUCUACCUGGGCACUGACGAAGUUGCCUUGUGGGUUGACCAAGACUUGUCUCGCUGCCGAAGCUCACCCUCCGUCACAUUUGGUUCGCCUAGUCUCAUACGCGGAGAUUUCGGGGAGUGCCACCUCGUGGAUGUGGAGGUUUGGGGCGUCAAAUAG